GCUCGAACUGGUCAGGAUCACUGUGCCACCCAAACGCUCGUAUAACCAGACUUUAUUCACAGGAUCUAGCGGAACAGCAUGAGCGAUCAAUAUAAAGAUUACCAAACACUUUUGCGACUGAUAAACCACCAGGUGGCACGUAUUGGUGGGCCUUUUAGACUCGACACAAAGCUAUCACGUCUGGCAAACAAGCACAGGUACUCCUCUAAAGCUGCGCAGUCAGCACUGCAUUCAAUAAAUCACCAGUUGAGGCGCCAUGUUCAAUUGUACUUUUCUAAACAAGCUAUAUCACAAGUUGGUGAUCAGAUUGAAGAGAUUUGGAAACAGCGGGAUGAGGAGUCUAUGAAUGCGCUCCGGAAGGUUGAAUCUGUCGAUAUCCCAAUCAACAUACAGCCUAUUGAGAAACUAUACGUAUUGAAUGACGUUUUGGAAUCUGUCAACGCGCUUCCCGAAGUAGAAGGGAGCAAAUACAACUUCUAUAAUGUCAAACGACAAGAGCUUGAGGAGAAAGUGAGUAAUAUACAGCGAUUAAGAGCAAAGAAACAGCUUCUAUCCAAUUAUGGUCGAUUAAUUCGUCAAAAGCUCGGGUCAAGAACCAACAUCCAGAACAUUUUGAUGCCACCAAACAAUGAACAACGAGAUGAGAUGGCAAAGGCCAUUAUUGCACUGGAAAGGUUAACUAGCCUGGAAGGACCUAGGAAGGACAAAAUCAGGAGUUUACUCAAGAGUAAAAGGCUAUAGGUGGAUUCCAAUUGCUUUGCUCUGUCGUUAUAUGGAUUCCUAUAACUACAAAAGCCUGUCAAAAAGUGAAAAAGAGAAUGCAACGUAG